AUUAAUCAAUCAUGAAAUGAUUCAUUCCGAAACACGGCCUGAUAAAUGUGAAAUAUGCGACAAAACAUUUGCUUCAAGACAAUCACUAAAACAACAUCAAAUGCUCCAUGCCGGAGAACGUCCUUUCAAAUGUGAAAUAUGUUCAAAAACAUUCAUUCAAAAACAAACAUUGAGGGUUCACAAACUAACUCACACUGCGGAACAACCUUUUGAAUGUGAUAAUUGUGCUGAAACUUUUACUACGAGAUAUGCAUUAAACCUUCACGAAAUUGUUCAUACCGGAGGCAAUCCUCAUCAAUGUGAAAUUUGCAAUAAAACCUUUGCAACAAAAUUCUCAUUAAACCGACAUGAAUUGAUUCAUACUGGAGAACGGCCUUAUAAAUGUGAGUAUUGCAGUAAAUCAUUCAAAACAAAAGCUAUAUUAAAACAACAUGAAAUGAUCCACACUGGAGAACGCCCUUAUAUUUGUUUAGUAUGCAAUAAAGGAUUUAGACGAUCAGAACAUGUAAGAAUACAUGCAAGGGAGCACCUUCGUGAAUAUGAAGCAUAUAAUAAAACAUUCGUAACUAAGCAAUUAUCAAACCAACAUAAAAUGGUUCAAAAUGUAGAUUGA